AUGGGUGAAUGCUAUCUCUACAGGCUCCCCAAUGAGUUACUUCUCCAUCUCCUUACGCCCAUACCAACGCCCGAACUCCUACAAUUGACCACGAUAUCGCAUCGCAUAUACACGCUCAUCCUACGUAUCCUCCAUAAUCGGCUCACUGCAGCUGCCGAGCUACAUUCGCACUCGGUGCUUCUCGAAUGUUUCCACCCCUCUGCGAAGCUCACCGAGCCCCCGUACUUCUGUACAUACCGAUGCACCGAUGGCUUGAAGAGUUACGAUGAUUACAACUCUGCUACAAAGGAGGUUGGCAGACUAGCCGAAUACAACAACAUGUACUCGCGCUUCAAGCCCCAUAGGCGCGAUUUGGAAGCGGAUGGCAGGAGAGUGAAGCGCCGACCUGGAGACGUACCUGGCAGUCGCACCUUUCCGGGGGCAGUACAGGAGAGAUACGAAGGCGAGACCGUGAGACAGACACUUGGUUUGGAGGCGCAUGAAUUGUUCACGCAGCUGGUUGCGCAGACGAAUCUUGUCAAAAUCGGUUCUCACAAUCUCUUCACCAACUUUGUUGACAUUGAGGAAGGUGUACUCCGAGUGUGGAGAGAUUGGCUGCGAGACAUUGCGGCGAGGGGCUUGACGGCGAAUACAGAGGUGCCAAAUGAGGUUGUUGAGGAGGUAGGUAAGGGCAAAGAGAUCGUAAGAGAGGUAGAGGAAGAGAAAGCGGACUUGGACGACCCGCGGAUCCUCUGGGUCAGUCCGAGGAAGGACAGCGGUGUACGCUUCAAUGUAAGGGAACGGAAGCUUCGGAGAGACGCUCCGAUCCUCGUCAGCACAGAUGAGGAUAUGCCAGUUACAUACGAAAUUGAGUACGACGAGCUCCUCAUAAGAACGUCGCAUCUCCUCUUAAUGCUCGAAAGGUCCAUGUUGCAGGAGGAUAAUUCAUCUGGUAAAGCGGUUGUCUUCGGAUCUUUCGGAUAA